AACUAAACAUUAACUCUUGUUGCAGCAUUACCAUCAACAGUAGACACAUUUUAAAACAGGGCCGUUUUCUGUAGCAGCACACAGCUAGUCAUAAGUUUAAGGGACUUACUAGGAGGUGUAUUCACCACUUUUUCUUUCAAGCUGUGCUGUUGAAGUUGAAUUAUCUUUCGUGUACCAGUGGAUUUGGGCCUCUGAGGGACGUCAACAUGAAGGUGCCUCAUUCGUCUCUGAUCACCUUUGCUCUACUGUUGAGUCAACUCUCCAGUGCAUCAGGGGGCAAAAUCCUGGUGUUCCCAUUGGAUGGAAGCCAUUGGGUAAACAUGAAAGUACUCGUAGAGGAACUGCAUACCAAAGGCCACGAGGUCACUGUGGUUCGGACGUCCGAUAGCUGGUACAUCAGCGAAAAGUCUCCUCUCUACACCUCUGUCACUAUUCCCAGCCCUAAUGGAUUUCAGGAAAACUUUGAUACUUUUUUGUCUCAACUGCUAGAGGUCCGGCUUCAGGGUAAGCACACAUCUUUUUGGUCUAACAUCUGGAAUCGUAUUCAGAGGCAGCGGGUCAUCAUGGACCAGUUCUCUGAGUUCCAUAAGGGCAUGAGUGAAAUGGUCGUUCAGAUGUUUGAAGAUGAAGACCUGAUGCAGACUUUACAUCGAGCCAAAUAUGACGUGGUUUUGACUGACCCUAGCAUCGGCGGAGGGGCAAUGCUGGCCCGUCGGCUCCAACUUCCUCUUGUUUUCAAUGUCAGAUGGACCAUUGAAGGUGAAGCUCAUUUCCUUAUUGCUCCCUCACCUCUGUCAUACAUUCCGUUCACUUCAACGGAGUUGACACAUAAGAUGACCUUCCCUCAAAGGGUAAAAAAUGUUUUGAGUUAUAUCAUUGGGAUGUACGUGCUAUCAUGCAUCUCAGAACCUAAUUACAAACCGGUAGUUGAGAGGUACUUUGGCCCUGGUGUGGAUUACUCAGCAUUUUUCCUGGAUGCUGACAUAUGGCUUAUGAGGAACGAUUUUGUCUUUGAAUUUCCACGUCCAACAAUGCCAAAUAUAGUCUACAUAGGUGGAUUUCAGUGCAAGCCCCCAAAGCCCCUCCCUGCCGACCUGGAUGAUUUUGUCCAGAGUUCUGGAGAUCAUGGGGUCAUAAUUAUGACCUUAGGAACUUUAGUCGGGAGUCUUCCACAAGACAUUGCCGAGGAGAUUGCUGCAGCUUUUGCCCAACUGCCUCAGAAGGUUGUGUGGAGGUAUAUCGGACAAAGGCCAGCCAACCUGGGAAACAACACAUUAAUGGUCAACUGGCUGCCACAGAAAGACCUCUUAGGACAUCCCAGAACUAGAGUGUUUGUGACCCACGGAGGCACUAAUGGGGUUCAGGAAGCAAUUUACCACGGAGUUCCUGUAGUUGGGCUGCCCUUAUUCUAUGAUCAGCCUGAUAACCUCUCCAGAAUCAGAGCAAAGGGAGGAGCUGUGAUUGUGGAUAUUGCCAUGCUUGAUAGACACAUUUUUGCAGAUGCCCUAAUGACAGCUCUUCACAAUUCCUCGAUCAGGGAAAACAUGCAGACACUCUCAAAGCUGCACAGAGAUCAGCCCAUGAAACCACUGGACCAGGCUGUGUUUUGGAUAGAAUAUGUCAUGAGACAUAAAGGAGCCUGUCAUCUGCAGACACAGUUCAACAAAAUGUCCUGGUUUGUUUACAAGUCUGUGGAUGUCAUUGCUGCUUUGUUUACAGUUGUUUUGCUUAUAAUGUUCACCAGCAUUUCAAUUGUAAGAUUGUUGUGGAGAAUUAUUUUUGUUGGGAACAAAGUUAAACAUGAAUGACAUGAAAAAUAAAAUGUUUGUUUUAUGUGUGAAAUCUAAGCACUAUCAAUAACCCAAUAUUUAUUUUUGUGUGUCAAGUUGAUAAAGUUGAAAGACAGGAAAAAUACUGGAUGAAAUCUUUUUGAUUCAUAAAAUGUGAAGAAAUAGCUGUCUGUUGACAAAAUUAAGGCUUAUGACCUUACUAUAAAAAAUAAAGGGUUAAUGUGUUUUGUAACAAAUAUUAAUAUCAUAUAAAUAUAAAUGCAAUAGAUGUUUAUCACUUACCACCUAACUGUUUGGACAAUAGACCUUUAGAAUUAAUGUUUCUGUUAGCUAAUAUGAGUUAUGGAUGUGGAUGAUAAUGGAAACAUAACUGAAUAUGAUGAGUAAAAUAUUUUGAAGAUUCUACUUAAAUUAAUAGUGGAUACUCAGUUAAAACUUAUGUAUUAAUUAAAACAAUUACUUCAGAUAUUAAAAACAAAAGUAAUAUUAUUGUAAUUUAACAUGUUUUAUGUUAUUAUGAUACAGUUAAUGCAUACAUAAAAAGUAAACACAUAUUAUAUAUUAUAAUUUAAAAAAAUUUAACUUAAAAAGUGUACAUUUUAAAUCUUCCAUACACAAGGACCAAAGUGUCACGUAACGGUAAAUUUACCACAUUUACACAGACACAGGAAAUUUUAGCUUGACAAUUUUUGCUUGCAUUAUGUAAUAUACAAUAAAAUAAAAUAAAAAUACAAUAAGCAUUGCUUAUACAACUCUUAUUUUACAGCCCUUUAAUUGGGAACUCACAAAAAUCUUAAUAUCUUAAAUCUUAAAACAAAAGGAAUUUCUCUGUUCAUUCUUUAGAGGCAGAAUAUAAAAAUAAGAUUUACAUCUGAAUUUACUUAUUUCAGUUAUAAAUGAAUGAUUCAGUAACAAAUUGUGAUGAUCAAAAUGUAUGAGAGGGACUGGGAUUGUUUUUUAAGUUACAUUUGACAAAAGAUGUUCUACUUUUAUAAAAAUAAAUGUUUUCUAUAAUUAUG